AUGCUGCUCUACACCAAGGUUGCGCCGCCCAAAGUCCCCAAGAGACGGUCGAGAGCAGAAAAGAAGAAGAAAUGUGACGAGGUCAGGCCAGCCUGCUCCCGAUGUGCCGAGCGCGGCCUAGACUGCUGCUAUGAGGCCGUCAGGCCACGCCAGCGGAGGAAGAGGGACUCGGUGGCCUCGUUUACAUCCUCGAGAAUUACGACUCCGUUCGACCGGAAGCCAUCUUUCGCAUCCACCCGCCGCUGGUCUGUCGGAAGUGCUGGCAGCAGUCGCCACAACUGGUAUCUUCAACAUCAUGGCGACGCCGAGGCCGAUGUGCCUCUAGUCAGCCCUCUCGGCGGCUCCUUUGACCCCAUGUCACUGAGCCGUUUUCUGGACCUGAAUCGCUCCCCUGUAGCCUCGGCCACCCACGCGGCAGCUAUCGACCUUGAUGACGAUGACGACGACGACGACGACAACAACAACAACAACGACGACGACGACAACGGCAAUGAGGGUCACACCUCCGAUGCCUCGUCCACCACGACUAGCCAGGCGGUAACGCACAUCUCGAGACCUCCGGAUCUGGCCAUGAUCGCACCAUGUCCGGUGGGCUCACCGCUGUUGGACUUUCGCAUGCCCGCUUUCUCAGAAUUUUCAGAUCGCAAGAACCGUCGCGCCCUUGUCGCCCACUUCUGCAACCAGCUCAGCCAUCUCAUCGUGUUCAGGGAGGAGACGGGCAACCCGUUCCAGGAGCUCGUUCUGCCCCUGACAGCUGACCAGUCCCCCGUGAUGAAUGCCAUUUAUGCCCUAUCCAGCGCGCACCUCGAGUAUAGGGGGGUCAAGAACCAGGAGCAGUCUCUCCACUUCCAUAACGAGGCCAUCCAAGGGCUGGCGACCAUGAUCAACCACGGCAUGAAAACGCCCACCAAGAGAAAUGAGCUCCUGGCCGCCAUCAUGCUAUUAGUAUAUUAUGAAGUGCUUGUUCAGAGGGGCCGAUCCAAUCUCGUGGAUGGCCAUUUGAAAGGUGCAAUGACGAUUAUGAACUCGUAUCCGGCAGCGAACGACGCCACAGGAUUGUUUCUGGAAAGAGCCUUCCGAUUUUACGACGUGAUUGCGGCCUUGUCGUUUGGCACGGCGCCGUUAUCGCAGGCUCCAGGGAGGAGCUGCCUGCCACCACUGCCACCUACGGGACUUUCGGGGGGCAGGUCGCCACUGAGCUCGGUCGAUACCCUGCUCGGCAUGUCUACCUCCCUCUGGCCUAUUAUCCACCGGCUGUCCAAGCUCUCGUCCGACAAGAGGGACUUGGAGACGGCGUGCAAGAGCAAGCAGCCCUCGUCCAUGAUUGCGGUCCUGAAGACGGAGUUUGAGACAAACUCACGCGCCAUCGAGAGGGAGCUGGAGACAUGGCAGCCCACGCUACCGCCAGGUUUCAGCCCAGACGACCCGCCAUCGCCUGAGACCGAAGAGAAGAGGCAUGAUACAGAGACGGCAGAGAGGUCUCGCCUGCAUUCUAUUUUCAACAAUGCCAUGGCCUACCGCCACAGCUGUUUCGUCUACCUGUACCACACGAUCUAUGGGUAUCCCCGCACACAUCCUUUAGUCCAGAGCCACGGCCACACCUCACUCUGGCACUGCCUGCAGACAUGCUCCCAUGCAGGGCCGAUGGGUGCGCUGCUGUGGCCGCUCUUCGUGGCCUCGUGUGAGGCUGUGACGGAGCGAGAUCGCAAGCUGGCGACCGACUCGUUCAAGCUGGUGGAGAAGAGGCAAGGGAUGCUCAACAUCAAGUGGGCGUGGGACAUUGUGCAGGAGGUCUGGCGCCUGGCGGACCUGAUGGAGGAAAAGGAUGGCGGUGGCGCCACGCAGGUGGAGGACGUGAUGAGUGUCUCUGGGUAUGCCUCUGCACCAGACCUGUGGAGGCAGGUCAGCAAGCAGAUGGGCAUCAGCAUUGUGUUUGGUUGA